CUUUACCUUUUAUUCUACUUUCAUUUCCGGAAUCGAUGGCGCUAACCAGAGCCCAUCUACGGGUUAGAAAUGCUUCCUUAUUAGAAAUUCUCUGGCGCUAACGCUCCUGUUGUUUAUCGCCGAUCUCUUUAUACAUCCAGGAUUUAUUAACGCUGUUGUAAGAGUCUGCGGAGGUAGAAAUGUCAGAAAAGUUAGUGUUUUACUCAGAAACAAAGUCCAUCAUGGAGACCGUCGUUAAGACCGCUCUUGUUGUCGGAAAUUCAAAAGAACAAUCCACGAAGACGCCAAAUGUAAGCCGUGAGCCGGACUUUGACAGCCUUGUGGAAAUGUUGACUCGGGAGGCAACGAGAAAGAUCAGCGCCGUUUUCUCUGAACUCUCCUCAAUGCUGCACAACGAAAACCAUACUCUCAAGAUCAAAGUUUGGCAUCUGGAGAGCGUGCUGAAGACUAUGACUGAAAACUUUGAAAAUGCCAGGAGGUGGAGAGAAAAUGUCCUGAACGGCUGCCCGGUCCUGUUGGAGCAGAGCGGGUUGAUCUACACCCUGAAGCCUUUUGGGAAGUUAAAAAGAAAGACCGAUACAUUACCAGAGGGAGUCGCACAAACAGCGCCUGCUGCUGAGAUGGAGAGUGGACAUGAUGCUGAUGGUGGAGAGGCAACGAAGGAGGUGAACUCUGAAGCUGAGUCCUCAUCAGCCAGUAAAAAAGACACUGCAGAUGAUUGUACCACAACAAACACGGCAGAAUCCAAAAACGCAGACCGCCAAAACACACAGGAAGCAGAAGUCACAAGGAAAGGGAAGUUGUUUGUAUGUCAUAUGUGUAACAAGAGCUUCAACCGGCAGUUUCACCUGACGAAGCACAUGAACACUCACAAAGACCAGAGGCCUUUCGCCUGCGACCAGUGCCCGCGAAAAUUCAGGGACACGGCGACUUUUGAGUACCACCUGCUGCGGCACGAGGAGAAGAAGUACGCUACCUUCAAGUGCCAGCUCUGUGAGAAGACUUUCAAGACAAAAAUGUGCCUGAAGACUCACCAGCUCGCGCACACAGACACGAGGCCGUUCACCUGCUCCACCUGUGGGAAGGCCUUCAAAACUAAAAACAACCUGCAGGCUCACCAGGUCGUGCACAGUGUUGAAAAGCCGCACAAAUGCUCCGAGUGCGGGGAGAGUUUCCGGUACGCGUUCACGCUGCAGUGCCAUAAAAGCGCACACACUGGUGAAAAUCCUUACAAAUGCACGGUGUGUGGCAAAGCUUUUAUAAAGAGGAGGUCGCUCAGGACGCACCAGUCGGUCCACCGAGGGAAAAUGUUCACGUGCGAGACGUGUGGAGCGGGCUUCACCAUGCAACAAAACCUGAAGAGACACAUUCGUAUUCACACAGGCGAAAAGCCGUUCAGAUGUAAAGUCUGCGGGGAGAGUUUCAUUCAGGAAAACCGGCUGAAAGUCCACAUGCUCGUUCACGGUGCCUCAAAGUCGUUCAUGUGCGACCUGUGCGGAAAGACUUUUCUUUACAACUGCCAUCUGCAGAGACACCAGAAAGCAACCCACGACGAAAGGCACGGGCAGGUCGUCCGACGGCGAACUCGCGAGCGGGGGAACCGGCGAGUUAUCUAUCGCCGGGACAAGACGAUCGUAGACGUGACGCCGUUCAGCUGCAAGACCUGCCGCAAGAGUUUCGACAGCGCGAGUGUGCUGAGAAGACACGAGCUCAUUCACGCGGGCCAGACGCAGUACAACUGCGACGCGUGCGGCAGGUCGUUUUUCUACAAAGUGACGUUCGACUACCAUCGGCGAAUCCACUCGGGGGAACGGCCGUUCGGUUGCGACGUGUGCGGGAAGAGGUUCAUCAUCCAUCAGGCUCUCAAGUCCCACCAACUGCAGCACACUGGAGAGAAACCGCAUAAAUGCGAGCAUUGCGGCAAGGCCUUCAGGCUCUACGCAAACUACCUCCGACACCUGCGGGUGCACACGGGGGAGAAGCCCUACGAGUGCGAAGUUUGCGGCGUGAGGUUCAGGCAGCUCGGACACGUGAAGUUUCACAUGCAGGUCCACACAGGAGAGAGGCCGUACUCCUGCAGCAGCUGCGGACUCGGAUUUUCAGACUCGAGGCUGCUCAAGAAACACAACUGUGCUGAGAAACGCCGGACGCUGUUGGGGAACACGCUCUCUACGCCCUGAAGCUGAGCACCUGGCGAUUAGUAAUGGCAACGCAGCGGUGAUUUCGUUGGAUUCGCACCUGUGGAAGCUCGUAAAUGUUGUUUCCUGUCAGGACAAAACGCCCAGUCCUGAUACGUACUGGGUAUCUGAAGAACGACUGUUUCAUAGUUUAGUCACUUGUGUUUAUUUUGAAAGUAACUGACGGAAGUAAUUCCUAUGUUUUCAUGUCUGACUUGAUGUUUUGUGGUAAUUUAGUUCCUCUUUUGACCACUGGAGGGUAGUAAAGGACUAUGUAUUACUACUACUUACACUAUUGAAAUCACUUCAAACAAAGCUCAGAAUACCCUAAUUGAUACCUCCUAAAGAAUAUUGAUAAUAAUCCGGUGCAAGAGAAACAUCUUACUUCGAUGUACUUGUAUUGGUGUUACUUGUACUUGUAUUGAUUUGCGGGCGGCUGAGGCUCAGGGGGUCGUUCUUUAAUCACACGUUUUGGAGGUUUAAUCCUCUCCGCUUGUCGGCGUGUCCUCUGAGCUAGACCGUGAAGCCCAAGUUUCUCCCGUAUGAAUGUGUGCGUUUGCUUUGCCAUUAAACAAGUUCAGGACUUUUAGGACUA